AUGGUUCUGACGGAGUUGCUGAGGCUAAAGGAAUCCAAAUCACCAGGUCCCGAUGAGAUUCCGGCGAAGAUUUUGAAGGAACUCGCCGGUGAGUUGUCUAAGCCACUCUCCAUGCUUUUCCAUACAUCCUUCGAGACCGGAUAUCUGCCACCCGACUGGAAGUCGGCGUGGAUUACGCCGCUGUACAAGGGCGGAAGUCGGGUCUCUGCGAACAAUUACAGACCGGUCAGCCUCACCUCCAUUUGCUGUAAGAUUAUGGAGAAGAUAAUAAAGCAACAACUAAUGCAGUUCCUUGAACAAAACCAUUUGCUUUCCGAUUCUCAGCAUGGAUUCCGAAAAGGCAGAUCCUGUGUGACAAACCUGCACUACUGUCUGGAACACUGGACUAGGGCUGUUGAUAGAGGAGAUAUGGUGCAUGCCAUCUAUAUCGACUUUAAAAAGGCCUUCGAUAGCGUGCCUCACCACCGCCUUCUAUACAAACUAAGCCGUGCAGGAGUGCGGGGUAAGCUUCUGAUGUGGAUUCGGAGCUUUUUAAUCGGCCGCUCUCAAGCCGUCCACGUCGGUGACCAACAAUCUGCCGAGGUUGCCGUUAAGAGUGGUGUUCCCCAAGGCUCUGUUCUUGGCCCUACGCUGUUCCUCGUAUACGUCAAUGACUGCGCAAGCGAACUGAAUUGCGAUGUCGCAAUGUUUGCCGAUGACAUAAAGAUCUGGAGUACCAUACGAAGCGAAGUUGACGAGGCGCGACUGCAGACAAGUCUGGACCACCUCGAGCAAUGGUCGAAAGACUGGCUUCUACCGUUCAACGUAAACAAGUGUACUUUCCUACGCGUCGGCAGAACCAGUUCUCCUAACCACACGGUCUACCGUCUGACUGGCGAACCACUGCAAGAAGUCGACGCCCAGAAUGACUUGGGUGUAUGGAUCACAACCUCGCUUAAACCUUCGCUGCAAUGUUCAAAGGUGGCCAAGUCGGCGAUUUCCAUGCUAUACCUUGUCAAACGUGCGUUCCCCUCCUUUGAUGAAGACAGCUUCGCUAAGGUCUUUCAAACUUUUGUGCGACCGCAUCUGGAGUUUGCUAUCCAAGCAUGGCGACCCUGGGCCGCUAAAGACUUGGGCAUACUCGAAAAAGUUCAACGGCGAGCAACGAAACUUGUAUGUGGGCGGUGGUCACUACCCUACGAAACGCGAUUAGCUAAUCUUGACCUCUUUCCUUUGAGUUACAGACAGCUACGUGGGGAACUGAUACAAGCUUUCCGCAACGUGCGCAAUCAGGGCUGCUGCCUCGCGUUUGGAGACUUCUUCGAGUUGGCGACUACGACUAACCUGAGAGGCCAUCCACUCAAACUGCGUGUGGCUGGUGUCCGGCUAGACACCCGAAAGUUCUUCUUCUCCAACAGAGUGGUUGCAGCUUCGAAUGCCUUGCCUGAGGAUGUUGUUAUGUCAGGCUCGAUAGAUACUUUUAAAUGGAGACUAGAUCAGCAUUGUAACGCGCACCACAAUAACGCCGGACUACGGCCACCUUGA